UUUGUGGUGGAUGAAUAUGACAACCUUAGUGUUUAGUUUGCUUUCUAGUUCUAUUUAAAGAUACGUUUUCACAUUUAAUAAGCAGUCUGUAUGCGCAGAUCAGCUCUCUGCAUUCAUCAAAUUUACUGCAGAUCACAGGACUCGAUAUAAACCUCUACAGCAAGAUUUCUGAAACGUUGGUGAACUUUUCCACCGGUUGAUCGCGGAUGAAACCUUGAAUGCCAUUUGCAGCUGUCUGGGAGCCUGUUAAUGGAGGGGAAAAGUCAGAAUGAUGUGUUCAGACAUAUCUUGAACAGGACAUGAUGUCUUUGAAAAGAGUGACAGAAUGACAUUCCUGGAAGACUAAAUUGGAGGAUUGUUUGCCUUGCCAAGAUUUGGCCCUUUUCUUGUCCUGAGUCCCAAUGCAUUCCUUUGGCCAUGACGUCCAGUUUGAAAACAUGAACAGUCUGAACCUGAACCCACUGGGCCUCCUUUCUAGUGACUGUAGACUCUCUCCUGCCACAAGCAGUAUAGACCAGUUUACCCAUCACCAUGGUAAAGGGGACUCGGCUUACAGCUCCUUUUCAGGAGGUUCCAAUGCUCCAGAUCACUCCUCCCCCUCUCUACCAGAUGAAAUGCAGCCUCACAGCUUACAUUACACGGACCUGAAGUACGUGAGGGCUGUCUACAAUCCAAAUGUCCUCAAUUCCAGUUCCAGAAAUGCGGAUCACCUGUACAGGUCGGCAGAGGUCCUCGGUCAUCAGUGUCACGAGGAUUCCUGCCUCAGCAGCCAGUAUAGCUCAGGUCAGGGCAACAGGGAAAUUCCUCCACAGCCACCAUCCCGCCUGGACAGUUUCAUAACCAUCAGAAACUUAGAGAACAGCAGCGCGUAUCAGAGCCCUGGCGGCCAGCUGGCAGAGACGUUUCUUCAGAGGACUCAGACAGCUAAUCCUGCACUUGCCUGUCCCAGAACUGACCCAGUCUACCGCCGCAGGGUUUCGGAGUCUAAUCUGAAGGACCCAGUGUACCGAGAUGGUGCGGAUCAGACUUUGGAGCAGGCAAAGUUGGCUCAUAUUUUAAGCAAUCCAUCCUUUAUACUUCAGGAAUCCUUUAAAUGGCAUGCUGGUGGAACAGGCAGCCACUCGGAGGAUCAAAGCAAUAAAUGCCACUCUGCGUAUGGUAGCAACGUUACUGAACAGGCACAAUUGAGGGAUUUGCAGCAGAACACCAUCAAUGGCAACAUCCAACACAAGGGGCAAUAUUAUUUUGUCACUGGUGUGUGUAAACCCACUGUGCCCAGGGUGAAAGACAACCUUUCAGGUAACAGACAAGGAGAUUGCAUGGGGCAUUCUCCAGAAGACCUUCUUGCACAUAAGGAAAUUGAGGAAAAAGCACCUAGCACCAUUGAUGAACUCCUCAACAAUGCGAAGCACAGACAACAGCGGAGUUAUGAAAUUCAUAAUAAAAGUGGCUUGACGAGCCCAGGUUUACAAGCACAAAACAGAGAGGGUGUUUAUCAUAAUAAAAACAUGCAUAGUGCAUCGCCUAUCUCUAAUACCACUGAUAUCCUGGAUCAAAGCCAGAAACCGCAGGGCCGGGAGAUAGGAUCUGGAUCGCGCUGGCACCACAGUAGCAACCAUCACAUCUUCUACUGUGGCCCUGAGGACAGUGUCCCACUGCCGGAUCCAAACGACGAGGACUCAGUUCCUCCCACUCAGUGCACAGGCCAAGUGAAGACUGAAAGAGGAGACUAUGUAGAAAGAAUGACAAGGCGGCCUUUGGGCGAAGUAGCCAAUGACAAAAUCAACAAAGAAACAACCCCUAUGCUGUACCGUCUUGCAGGUGAGAGCAGAGGUGCUCUUGCAUUCAAAACCUCAAAAGAAAAUUGGGCCAAGAUGAAGUGGAAAGAGAUCAGAUGCAACAGUGCUCCCUUUUUGAAACUGCAGCACACAGAAGCCACCUCCAGGGAUGAGUGCCACUUUGGGACCAGAAACCACAACCUGGAAGAAGUGGCUGAAGAUCUACAGCAGUCCCAGAGUGAAGAUUUUAGCAGCUCAGGGUCCUCCACGGAUGAAUUCUACAAGAAAUACUACAAGGAUAGAUUAAAAGAUGCCCAGACCAAGGUCCUAAGGGAAACCUCUUUCAAGAGGAAGGACCUCCAGCUCAGCUGGCCUCACAGGAUCAAACAGAGGGCUGAGGAGCGGCCUUCAGUGAUGCACUCAAGAUUAGGCUCGCUCUCGCAUACUUCUCAAAUGAUAUCAGACAACCCAGUGCUUUUGGAACCAGAACCUCCGGCCAAGAGGGAAACUGAGAAGCCUUCAAAUCCUCUUCAGCCUCAGGCAGUACGGAUCGGUGGAAGAAAGAGGCUCACACCUGAGCAAAAGAAGCUGUGUUACUCCGAGCCAGAGAAAUUGAACCAGCUGGGGGGUUCCGCCCAUCACUCUGAGCAGCAGUCCCUGGGGAAUGAGGGGGAGGGCUUACUGUCCAAAGACGACCUCGGUGAGUAUGGUCUGGUUGCUGCCAGGAGAAAGAUGUUUGAAAUGAGAGGCCGAACUAUGUCGGCCUCAAGCAUCUCAAAGUCCACGUUGAAACAGAUCCAGCACAAGGCCCUGGUCGCGUACGUGGAGCGGAAGACUGGACAGAAAAAAGCAGAACCCCAACAACCUCCUUCACAGAAUCCUGCCAUGAGGCAUUCUACUGCUGGGAAACCUUUGGAAUUUGGGCCCAGGCCCACCUGUGAGAAUGCUGUCCCCAGGAAGAAGCUCACCCGACCACUGUCAGCUGGGCGUGUCUUGGAUUCGUCCUCAAGUUCCAUCAGAUAUGCCCAGUCGGACACCAUGCAUCCUGUCGAACCCCGCUGCCAGCCCAUCUGGAAGAAGAUGACUAGUGCAAGUCCCAGGAAGAUGUUUGAAACAACAGGACACGCUCUGUCUAUAUCUGUGGAAAGUCUCCUUGAGCAGUCAGAGCAAAAAGGCUUCCAUCAAUCUCGGACAACACCAUCGCCUACCAAUUUACAGCCUGGGAGCCUCACACAUAAAGCAUCUCCAGUCAGUCACUCCAGGAACUCCAGCUCCCUAAAGAAAGCUGAAGGUCAGUUGGCGUCAAGUGGCACCAGAGCCCCUGCAGCUGAGGGCAGACCAGGCCGCACCGUGACACAGAGAGGCAAAUCCAUGGAGGAGCUUGGCACCUUCCGUGUCCCUGCGACUCCCGUUCUCAGCAAGAGCUCGGAGCAGCUAGACCAGAUCCACAGCAGGCACGUGGCAUCGGAGCACAUGCAGGGAAACGCAGCCUUUUCCUGGGAAGCCGAACUGAAAAUCCAAGGCAAGGCUGGAGAAAGCAAAGAAUCCACAGGAACCGGCCACAGUUCAGAACGGCACCUUUUGAAGACAGGGACAAGCCAGCACUCGAGGAGCAGUGACGAUUUGUUGGGGGCCACACCCAAUGGCAGACAUUCCCAGUCAUUGGAACCCCUUAACUUUGACAUGGAGCCUCCAAACCUGGCCUCCUCUCCAGAGUGCAGGACUUCCUCCACUCCCAUUGAGUCACCCAACAUGAGCGCCCUUUUCUGUGACUCUGUGGAGAGCAGUGUGUUUUACACUGAUAGUCCCUCAGGACAGUCCUUCUACUGCAGAAGCACGCCGGAAAGGGAGUCUGUAGCCUCGACAAGCACACACCUGCACAUUCAGUUUGAGAACGGACCUGAGGAGAGCACGUCCUGCACCAGAAUGAAGACUACUCCUACACUUCAGACUCUGCCAUUAGAAAAUGUUAUGGUUGACCAGCAGGAAUCUGGAAGUCCAGAAGUCUCUCUCGGUAGAGGAGUAACAACAGAUCCGAGUGCCUGGCCCACAGCAGAGGAACUGGGGAGGGCACCAGUUGAAGAUUUUCAAGAGGGAGAAGCAAGUGAUGCAGAUGAACUCGGCUCGCCAUUGCCUUCACUUCAGUCCACUGGGCAACAGCUAGCCACCACCUCUACAGAUCCAGCAGAGAAACAGGUCCAGAAUUCAGAGAAAGAACAGGCAAAAAAUGACAAGGGGGGUCAUUCAGAAGAGCGGCCCAGUCCCUCCACCAGCGCAAAACCCCAUCUGCCAAAACCCGGGCAGUGGGAGGAGCUAGUGGAAGUGAUUGUCACCAAGGAUCAGUCGUUAGCUAGUGUUCUGGCUCCCAAAUCCAGUCGCAGGACAACCGUGACUCUGAUGGAGCAGCUGCUGUCCGAAGACACGUUGCUCAUGGAGGAACAUUACAGGAGGAAGAGAGCCUGCAGAUCACACAAUGGGGAGAACUCCAAUGUCGAAGGAAAUGCUGGAUCCAGGAUUUUGGAAACUCCCCCAAACCCUGAUAACUGGAAUUCUGAGGUUCAUAGUGGGAAUAGUUCCACACAGGAGACUGUUCUUUCACAGGACAGUGAGCUGAAUGACAUCACUGAGAAGAAGAAGGAGCUGAUCCUGUGCAUCCAGCACCAGCUGCAGGGGCUGGAGAAGCAGCGGUCAGCGCUGAGGGAAGAGCUGCGAGCGAACGGCGAGCUGGGCAGUGCUGUGGAGGCCCUGGUCAGGGACAGCUGCCAGCCCAGUGAAUACGAGCGUUACACACUCUUCAUUGGCGACUUAGAGAAAGUGGUCAGCCUACUGCUCUGUCUGUCUGCCCGCCUUGCCCGGGUGCAGAAUGCCCUGAGCGCCGUCGACCAGUUCACCGAUGCCGAGGAGAAGCAAUCGCUGGAUGAGCGACACCGCCUACUGUGCAAGCAGAGGGAUGACGCCAAAGAUCUCAAGGACAACCUGGACCGCAGGGAGCGCUUGGUGUCAGACAUCCUCUCCAGGAACCUGACCCAGGAGCAGCUCCAGGACUACAAGCACUUUGUCAAAGUGAAAGCCUCGCUAUUAAUAGAGCAGAAAGACCUGGAGGAAAAGAUUCGCAUCGGUGAAGAGCAGCUCGAGUCACUUCGCAGCAGCAUGCCUUUCUAAACCACUGUCCCCAAGCUGCCACUGUUUUUCUGACCUCUGCCAUCCACUCCAUUUCCAGGGCACAGUGCCUCCUGCUGGUGGACUACAACCACACACAGAGGCUGUAGUUAACAGUUUGACACUCUCCCUCCGUGUUUCCAACAUCCAUUUAAGGCACUUCCUUGACAUGCAAUUUUCCUUCAACGGAAAUUAUACUAUUAUAACUAGCUGUACAAUUCUAGAUUUUGGGAAGGCUUUUACUUGCCGAACAAAGAAGGAAUGCAUAAUUAAUUUUUGAGCUGUUCAAAUGUCGAUAUCUUACUAAACAUUUUAGAAUUUUGGUUUAAAAGGCACUUUUGUAAUUUAUAUGGAGAUAUCCGUUUGCAAGUGUUCAUGUUUUGAUACACUCAGAUCUUAUUGUAUUAAUCAUAAAUACACAUGUAUUUUAUUUAUUUUAAGCUCAUUUUAACUGAUAGAUUUCUCCUUUUUUUCCACACUGUUCAAUAGAAAUGGAUAGUGUUGAGGCAGCAUAAUUGCAGAAAUGCUUGCAGAAUAAUGCCCAUGAUCAUCCAUUUUGCCUACACAGAGCUUCAAAGAAAGCCAGGCAUCCAUGGAACUUGGUUCGUGGAAAGCACUGAACUUGGCACCAGAACUGAAUGUGUUGAAAACAGUUGCUGUUAUUAAUUUCCAGCGCUGCUGCACAUCUUCAUAGCAGACUCGGAACCUGAUGUUUUUAACACAGCACAGUAACGACACUUAGUAUAUGCUCAUCACUCACCUGCCUUAAUGCACAAAGACAGGGAGACAUUUUGUCUUUCACCUCUUUUGUCUUGACUUGAAUCACCUUCUUAAGAGCAAUGUUGUAAUAUAUUUUUGUAAAAACAACGUAGCAUUUUGUGCAUGAUAUUUUCUGUACCUUUGCUUGCUCAUACAGAAUGGUGUGUGAUUUAAAAAUAAAUAAACAGCCCAGUUUAAAUUUGGUUGGAUGAAGGGUUUGACAUAGUGUAGUUCUAUAUCACACUGUGAUUAGACACGGCUAUCUCACUGUGGUUAUAUUUCAUUUUCUGAGCCACACAUCCAUCCAAGUGAAGCUUGUUGUAAAUAAAAGUGUCUUGGUCACUUGGAUCAGAAAUUCAAUAAAAGGAUCUGUAAUCAGUAAACAAUGUCUGGCUCAUUGAGAUUUUUUUUCCAUAUGAAAACGAGAUUUUUAAUUUUAAAUUACAUUGAUUUCAGGACCCUAAACUUUGUGGUCCAUAAACUAGUGAUGGGAAAAAAUCAAAGUAAAAUAUAUAUAUAAUGCUAUUGUAAUUAUAUAAUGAAUGUCAAACUAAUUAUUGCUGUAUUAUUUUAAAGGAAAAAAACUGUUAAAUAUAUUAGUUGUAUCCAUCAGUAAUCCUGUCUUUAGAUAGAAUUGUCUGAUCAGGCUAUUUUAGAGCAAUAUAGGGACUAAUCCCAUAGUUCAUAGGAGGAUUUUCUUUAUAAUGUGACUCUGGAGAAAAUGUAGUAACAUAAUAAAAUGCCACUAUAAUUCCAGGGCCAAAAGAUAAAGAAAGUGUGAUGACCACAAUAUCUGCAAAAGUGUUUUGGAAUUUAAAAUAUUUUGUAAUAUUGAAAUAUGCAAUACUAUAUAUGUGUAUUUCGCCACUAAAUAUUUCAAAGACCUUUGUAGCAUGAUUUGUUACAGUGCUGACUUCAUAUUUCAGCAUAAUAUCUACAUGAGCGAUAAUUUCAGUAGUAUGAUGAAGUAUCAUAAUUAUAAAAAUGACUGUGGCAUUCACUGUAAUAGGAUGUGAUAUAUGGGUAAAUGGAACAACUAUCCCAAACGAAAUUAACACCAGCAAAAUAAGACAGAUCAACUUCUUCACACUGCUCCACGCCAUUUCCUUGUCCUGUUUUAUAAGGGUUAUAUAUGUGUAUAAUGUCUGCAUUUUGUGUUCGUGGGUUGUUCUUGCUGGAGCUGGUAUCCUGAAGCUCUAAGUUAGUGGAUUUCCAAAUGGCUAUUUCUGACAUUUCUUGAAUCACACAAGUUUAAAUGAGUUGCUACCGAUUAAUGGAUGUGUAAUUCAUGAUGUCCAUGACUUUGUUUUUUUUCUGAUUCAUAAGGGCAGUCUCUCAUGUAGUUCUCAGACUGUUUAAUUUAGCUUGAUUGUGCUUGAUUCAGAAACCUGUACAAAGCACCUAGUCGGUCUUGUGCUUUGAAUUGGCUUUUUAUCUGUCGUAUGAAAACUAUAAUAUAUACAUGAGACUUUUGUUACAAUGUGAAUAAAUUACAUUUGUU